ACUUUACAUCAACGGCGGUGGUAGUGAGCUCCUAAGGUUUGAUAACUGACAACAAAAUAAACACAAGAAGAAGAAAAACGCUCUGCAACAAGAGUGCAUGCAAAUGAUGUAGUAAAGGACCACGAUUAAAGUGUCAAGUUUGAAGUGUCUAUUUUAAAAAGUCGUUUUUUAUUUGCAAAAGUCAAGCAUCAGGAUUUUGGAGCAGACAUCAGGAUUUUGGACCAAACAUGUCGGCUACGGAAACUGACGACGGACACCAACGUCUGGCCACCAAUCAAGUCUCGUCUGUCCAAGCCGCUGGCGCGGUAACAGAGGGGACAGACAGAGAGUCCAUGGAAGCUGUUUCAGAGCCGGAAGCAUCAGCAGAUGUUGGAGACCCAGAGCUUAUUCACACGGCGUCUCCUAGACUCUCUGAACAUGGAAAGCAGGGUAACUUUGUUGCCUCUGAAAACGAAAUGGAAAGUAAAGAAAUUGAACCUAAAGAAAGUAAGACGGCCUCACAGUUGUCUACAGAAGAGACCGUCUGUACAGUUUUGAUUCACUGUGAUGAACCAGGCAACACCUCAGAGUCUGAAAGAGGGGAGGCCACUGAGGUACAAGCUGAGGAAAAGCCAGACAUUAACACUAAGGACAUCGGCACACAGCAGGAAAAGGAGUCUCCUGGCAGUGAAGUGGAGGUAAAAACUGAGGAAAAGCCAGACAUUGACACUAAGGAGGACAUUGACACACAGCAGGAAAAGGAGUCUCCUGGCAGUAAAGUGAGGCUUUCUGCAGUGGACGACCUCGACGAGAUGAUGGACAUUGGUACAGUGGAUCAGGUGGAACAGGAAGCUCAGAUGAAAGCGGAGCAACAGAAUAGUUUGAUGGAUGUGGAUAGCUGCUGUUCACCUGCCAUUUCAAAUACAGCCUCAGUGGCAGAGGACAGUAACUCUGUUAAGGAAGAAGCUGAUGAGAAACCCACUGUAUUACCUUCUGCAGAGGAGGAGGACAUGAAAGUGUCUUUAGACGGGAUCCAGUCCAGCUUGUCUCCGUUGUCUGAAGCCAUGACCAGUACAGGAAGUGACAGCUCAUCACCAGCGACCGUAAUGAACGGGAUGAAAAUAGUUAAGAUGUUACUACCAAGAUUAGACACUGAAAGUGUGCAUGCUGCUGCUCAGCCAAUCAAGUCUCCUUCACCACCUUUGGUGAAGGUGAAGGAUGAGCCAAUAGACGAAGAUUAUGAACAAGCUCUAACUCAACAACCUCCUACAGCUAGUGUGAAAGAUGAGCCCAAUACUGCAAAGGAGGACUUGAGGAUUGGAUCGGUCUUCUCUGUGAGCCCCGCUGCCGAAACACAGACGCAACCCACCACCCACCCCUCAUCGUUGCACAUGUCCUGUUCCCACUGCAAUAAGAGCCUGAUGAAAGGACAGACUGCUUUCCAGAGGAAGGGCUCCCCAGCGCUCUUCUGCUCCACCUCCUGCCUCACCACGUCUCUCCCCACAGUCAAAGGAGUCUCUAAGGUCUGCCACAGCUGCCAAAAGUUGAUAUUUCGGCCUCAGGAUGUCAUUCUGACUCCAGAUGAUAAAGGCGGCAUGAAGGAAUUCUGCAGCCAGAACUGCCUGACUUCCUUCAACUACAAGAAGGCCACCGCCGCCAAAACAGUACCACAGCCAAUAGGACCACAGUCACUCUGCAGCAUGUGCACCAGAUACAGCGUCAGUAAACAUGAGGUAAUCCUGAGCGGUGCUGUCCACAAGAUCUGCAGUGACGCUUGUUUUAACCGUUUCCGCACUGUAAACAACCUGUCCAUGGCCGGCUGUGCGAACUGCGGCUCCUACUGCCACAUCAAACCGCUCAUGUUGAAGAUGGAUGACAGCAACAAAACUCUGUGCAAUGCAGAGUGUCUGGCCAAGUACAAAGAGAAAACGAAGAUAACCAAGGCUUGUACGAUGUGUCGCACUACCCGGUUGCUGGCAGAAACGGUUGACAGCAAAAACAGUGAUGACUCUGUUAACCUCUUCUGUAGCAGCAGCUGUGUGAUGGCAUUCAAGGUUCAGUCUGUCAGUGCAUCAGGUGCUCGGUUGAAUUGUGAUAGUUGUGGGAAAAACUCAGUACCAGCCUACCACCUGGCCAUGUCAGAUACCUCCAUCAGGAACUUCUGCACUCUACCUUGUGUCAUGGCUUUUCAGGAUAAGUUCAAGAAAUCUCAGAAACAGGUGAAUGUUUUUACCAAGUUACCAAUGGGAUCCUCCCAAGUCCCGGCCAUCGUUCCUACUCAAACUCCACAAGACGUCCCCAAAGGACCACUGAAACUGAACUGCUCCCAGUGUAACCGCAACAUAGCUUUUAAACCUGAAAUCAUCCAGAUCAAGGACAAGAUAGUUUUUGUUUGUAGCGUGGACUGUGCUAACGAGUUCAAGAAAGACAACUCUGUGACGAGCCUGUGUGAAUACUGUAAGAUCGAAAAGAUCACCAGAGACGCCAAAAGAAUCAACAACAAAGACUGCUUUUUCUGCAGCGACGGCUGUAAGCUCCUCUUUCGACACGACCUGACUAAAAACUGGGGGAAACACUGUCACUCCUGCGUCUACUGCCACAGUGUGUCCAAGAAGCUGGUGACGGCACAGUAUGGAGGCUCGACGGAGGAGUUCUGCUCUGAUGACUGCAGGUCCAAAUACACCAUGCUUUUCUGCCAUGUUGCAAAGUGUGACACCUGCAGCCGCAAAGGGAAACUGAAGCAGAGUCUUCCCAUGGUGGGAGAAGUCAAACACUUUUGUGAUCUGACUUGUCUGCUGCAGUUCUGCUGCGAUAAAGUGGCCACGCAAGGCGAGAUCUUCAAAGGUACAGAGGAGGCUACACCGGUCAUCGGCAACGUCAUCUCGCUUGCAGGGCCUCCUAUAGGCAACAGAACCGACAGAACAACCCAGCAAAGUACACAACACACAAACACAGGCAUCGUCUUACAAUCAAAGAACUCUGGACAUAAAGAUACAGUGAAAGUUCACCCUCCUCCUGCCCCCAAAAUCCUGAAGAACAAGGCCCUGCUCUGCAGACCAAUGGUGCAGAACAAAGGGGUCUCCUGUAGAACACAGACAGCUGAUGUCGAAGCACAGACAGAUGACGUCCUCCCUAAAAUCAUGAUCGUUCCUAUCCCAGUGCCGGUGUAUGUUCCUGUACCCAUGAACAUGUACAGCCAGUGUACCCCCAGACCUGUGGCCAUGCCAGUACCGCUGCCUGUACCCAUGUUCCUUCCUGUUACAAUGGACAGCGCCGAACGCAUUGUGGAAACCAUCCAGGAGAUCAAGGAAAAGAUCCCGUCUGACCCCUUCGAGGCAGAGCUCAUCCUCAUGGCGGAGAUGGUUGCAGAACAACAUGAGAAGAAUGACAAAGAGGAGAGACCAAAGGAGAAAGUGGUGGAGAAAGACAGAGAGAGACAUGGAGCAGCUACUCCAGCAGAGCACACCAGUAACUAUAGUGACGAUUUGGACACAGACGACUUGACCAGUUUCCUUAACAACUGGGAGGACACCUCUGAUGCAGGUGUAAGGUCUCCCAGUCGACCGUAUGGUCUCGAUAAGCUCAAUCCGAUUCUAGACAUUCCUGUGGCCAGUGAGCAUUACUUCCAGCCCCCACCUCCACCUUCGGCUCCGCCUCCCAUGGACAUCGAAGCUGACUUUACUGUCGAAACCUUGGAGAGAAUGGCCCGGCUUAGAGAACAGUCCCAGCGAUCCCCGAGCCCACCUGCCGCUCAGCGACGACAAGCUCACAGGAAAGCCCGAGAAAAGAGGGGUCGUAAGUCAAAGCGGUCUAAGGCAGCUGAAGCAUCAACUCAAAAAGGCGUUUCUAACAAGGCCUUGGCUAUAGAACUCCCAAAACUGAAGAGUCAGUAUGGUGUUGACUCCUGGAAGCGAUGGAUCCAGUGGAGGCAAACUCAAUCCAACCUGGAGACUCCACGCUUUGGUUCUCGUCCAAUGGAGUUGAAGGAGGAUGUUCUACGCUGCACCACCGCUGAGCUGAGCUACGGCCUCUGUUGCUUUAUUGCUGAGGUGAAACGAACCAACGGAGAGCCAUACUCCCCAGACAGCCUGUUCUACCUCUGCCUCGGCAUUCAACAGUACCUGUUUGAGAACGGUCGUGUGGAGAACAUAUUCAUGGAUCGCUUCUACAAUAAAUUCUCCACUGAGUUCAAUAAUAUGCUGAGAGGUUUCAAGCCCUCGAUCACAGCAAGUGGUUAUAUCCAUUCCCGUGUGGAGGAGGAGUUUCUCUGGGACUGUAAACAGUUGGGGGCGUACUCCCCCAUCGUCCUCCUCAACACCCUCCUUUUCUUCUGCUGCAAGUACUUUGGCUUCACCACGGUGGAGCAGCACCGCCAGCUGUCCUUUGCUCACGUCAUGCGCUGCACCAAAACCAACCAGAACAACACCAAGACCACCUUCCUGCGCUUCUACCCGCCAAUAUCCAUAAAUGAGCCAGAGUCUAGUACCAGUACGACUGAAGAUCCAGAGGUUCCUGCAAAGAAGCGUAAGGAGGAGGAGAAUAAAGAGGAUAUCCUGGAGAUGGCGGAGAACACAGAAAACCCUCUCCGCUGUCCAGUCAGACUCUACGAGUUCUACCUCUCCAAGUGCUCGGAGUCAGUCAAGCAGCGCACCAACCUGUUCUACCUUCACCCUGAGCGCUGCUGCGUCCCCAACAGCCCCCUGUGGUACUCCUCCACGCCUCUAGACGAUAGCACCAUGGAGGGGAUGCUCAUCCGCAUUCUUACCAUCAGAGAGCUUCAUCUUACAGCGAGAAAAGAUGGAGGAAUGGAGAAGAAGACACCCGAUGAUCCACCAUUUAUACCUGACGAGGAGGAAGAAGGGGAUUCAGAGUGAUGAGGAGCAGAAGUGAUCUCUUAUUGGCGCAGCAGCUUGUGGUUUAAAUGUUUGUAGAUACACUGAAAUGUUCAUUUAAACGUGGCCCAAUAAACAGAAACGGACGGAAUAAAUAUCUCACUUACCUACAAUGUACAGAACUGCAAAGAAAGUCCUCCUACCUUAACCACAUGUUGUGUAGGUGGCCUUUUUGGACUGCGAUACAAGACUCGGCUCAACAUUCAGACUGACAACUUCUCAGCAGGACACAUAGCUUUCUUCUGUUUGUUUUUUUAUCUGGUGAGUGGUUGCUUCUCAUAAAUUAAUACUUUCUUUCCCUUCCAUGUUAUGAUUAUAUACAUUCUUGUGCAAUUGGAUUUCUUUGUCCUUGUUUAAACGAGCCACAAUGAAAAAAACAACUUUGAUUUCAGUUGGUGUCAGUGAUUAAAUAUCAACCCCAGAAGAGUUACUGAAAACACCUUUCUGUAAUGUAGAUGUAAGUCGCCAACCAUCAUAUUUAGUUGACAAACCUGCAGUAUAUGUUUGAUUUUUAACAAUGCAUCAAUGCCACGAUUUGGUAUCAGUCAAAGAGUACGUGCUUAUUUCCAGACCCAAGAUUUCGGCAGUUUUUGUACCCUAAUUCCUGAAAAUUCAGGAUAUACACUUCAUAACGUUUAAUAAUAAAAUAAUUCUUGGAAUUCAUAAGAAAGCACAGAUUUGAUUAUACCAAAGUCUGACAUGACACACCAUUAUAUUUUCUGGUAUAAUUGAUGUUCCAGAGGCUUCUCUGACUUGCAAAAUGGUAAAAUGUAAAAUAUUCAUCAGAUUAUCUGACUUUGAAAGGUCUGGUCAUUUGAUUGUGAGAUUACAGUGACAUUUGACAUUACAUGAAAGAGUCAAACUGUUAUCAAAAUUUCAUUUUACCUCCGUAAUAUCGAUAGACAUAUUUUGAUUACCAGUGUCCAAUUGAUGAGAUUUAAAAUGUUUUUGGAAUUCAUUGAAAUACAUUUAGGAAAAUAACUGAUAUCACGGUUUAAAAUGCCUGACAACUUUCAUGCCAUUUGAAAAAAACAACACAAUUUAUCCUUUUGUUGACUGAACAUAAAAUAAAAUACAGAAAUACUGUC